UUGAUUCGGGAUUUUUCUGGUAAACACAUUUAUGUUCUUCCUGGUUUAGAUCGAGACUCAGGAACUGAAAGAAUCAUUCGUGUUCACGAUCAUUCGACCAAGUAUCGAUUCUUGAUUUUGUUUUUAAUUCGCGGGAGAAAUGUCUGACAGCGCCGGAGAGCCUCUGAGUCUGGACGAGAAGUUCAACGCUGUGCAGCCUCAGAGUCUGGACGAGAAGUUCAAUGCUAUGCAGGAGUUACAGAGACUCAAGAAGCUCAUUGGGUCUGAAGAAGAUGAAAUAUCAAGAUUAAUGCUGGAAAAGCUUGAAUCAGAUUCUGAGAAGAGAAAAGCCCAGAUAGAAACCGAAAGUUGGAUCAAUUCUGAAGACGAGUCCACUGAGCAGUUUCGGAAAGAUCUAGAAGAAAUCCAGGAAGAGCUGAAGAAUCUGGAUCGAGUCGAUCAGGAUCUGAAGAGAGAAUAUAAAGAUCUUGAGAAGAAGCUUCAACUCAAGAGGGCUGAAACGGACUCUCUGCUUCAGAGAUUUAAGAUUAAAGCUGAAAUCCCAGUGAAAAGAGUGAAGUUUACUCAUCCUGUUGAAGAAGAGCAAGAAGACCGAGAGGAACAUGUGGAAUCUGUGUUCACCGUCACCCAGAGACCAUCACAUCUGCUGAAGGGCGGUCACGCUCUCAUCACGUUUGAGGAGGAGAAAGUGUCCGAGCAGAUCCUCAGACUGGCGAAGUGUUCUGUGUCCUGCGACAAAACCAAGAUGGAUGUCAAGCCGUACGCUUUAACUUUGGAUCCUUCGGUGAAAUUUGAGGUUCAUAUCAAGGUAUCCAAGAAGACCGUCAAGUUCCGCAAUGCUCCGCCCACUUUACCUGAGCAGCGAAUGAGAGACCGUCUGGAGCUGUCCUUCUCUCGAGCGAGUCGUGGAGGAGGAGAGGUGCAAAGAGUGCAGUACGACGAGCAGAACGGCACGGGACACGUCACCUUCCUCAACACUGGAGUGGCGGAGAAUUUGGUCCUCAGAGGAAAGUUCUGUGUGGAUACGGACCGCGACAUGCUGGUGGAUGUUCUUCCUCUGUAUCAGUACCAGCUCAAGAAAUUUCAAACAUUCUCGGGCGUCCCGAAUCGCACCGUGAUGCUGGGAGGAAUUCCGGAGGUGAUGGAUGAAGAAGAUCUUCAGGACCAUCUAGAAAUCCACUUCCAGAAGCCCAGUAACUACGGCGGAGAAGUGGAGAACAUAAAAUAUGUCCCUGCUGGAAAACUGCUGACGGCGUUCUUCAGUGAGGACAACACGGACACUGACGCUUGAGAGUCGCUGAUUCGGUGUAUAAUGUAUGGAUUCACGUGUUAUUGGGUAAAAGGGAUUUUAAUCUUUAAUUAAUUAACAAUAUGACUCAUCAUAAAAUAUCAGACAGUACAAUACCAAAGAAUGAAAAAGAAUGAAAGUAGAUGUGAAGUAGUUACAUCGGCUGUUAAUAUUGUAAACAAUGAAGUCACAUUUACUGUGUGAGGAUGUAAAACUCUGAACAGAUCAUAAAACACAUUAAAGUUGCAAGUGACUGAUGUAGGAACGUUAUAUUCUUUAUUAGCAUUAUAUAAUGAUGAAGUCACAUGAUCAGCCGGGAGGUAUAUACACUGUGUGUUCAGCUGUUAAUGCACAGAUUUGUUGAAGGAAAUAUUUCUUGUGCAUUAAAGAGAAACUUGUCUGUCAUACAAGUUUCAUGUUUCAGAUUUGUGAGUGUGUGUGUCAGUGUGUAGUGUGUGUCAGUGUGAGUGUGUAGUUUGUGAGUGUGUGUGUGUGUGUAACGAAACAGACGAGGAGUGGGAUCUAAAUGCAGCUUUUAAUGAAAUCAUAAAAUAAACCAGGUAACUCGGCGUAUAACAAAAACACAGGGAACAAAUAAAACAUCCACGAUGGGAAACCAAAAUAUAAACAAGAGAAAACAUCCACGAAGGGCACGGGCAGAAACACAUUCAAGAACAUACAUUUAACAACUGACAACGGAUGAUAAAACAAUAGGGUUUAAAUACACAAAGGAUAAUGAUUAAAUGACACACAGGUGAGAACAAUGGGGUGCUGUUGGCAGUGAUGAGGGCAGGGAAUUAUGGGAAGUGUAGUCCGGGACAGAUGACAAGGGAGAAACACAGGGCAGACAACAGUGCGUAAGAGUGUGUGUGUAGUGUGUUAGCGAUUGUGUGUCAGUGUGUGUGUAUGACUGAGAGUGUGUGUGUGUAGUGACGUCACACCAAAGUGCUUUUCAUACACACCUUUUUGCUUCACCAAUAAAAACACAUGAAAUAACAUUUCAUCAAUGCUACAUUUACACCAUAAAAAAGUAUUUGCAUGACUCGUGUCAGCGCUGCAGAAUACAUUGAAGUCUAUGAAGUGAGUGAUAUUUAUACGGGUAAAGGGUCAUCACAUGACUCGUGUCAGUGCUGCAGAAUACAUUGAAGUCUAUGAAGUGAGUGAUAUUUAUACGGGUAAAGGGUCAUCACAUGACUCGUGUCAGUGCUGCAGAACACAUUGAAGUCUAUGAAGUGAGUGAUAUUUAUACGUGUAAAGGGUCAUCACAUGACUCGUGUCAGUGCUGCAGAAUACAUUGAAGUCUAUGAAGUGAGUGAUAUUUAUACGUGUAAAGGGUCAUCACAUGACUCGUGUCAGCGCUGCGGAACACAUUGAAGUCUAUGAAGUGAGUGAUAUUUAUACGUGUAAAGGGUCAUCACAUGACUCGUGUCAGCGCUGCAGAACACAUUGAAGUCUAUGAAGCGAGUGAUAUUUAUACGGGUAAAGGGUCAUCACAUGAC